GUUGAAGCCUGUCCCGCACAUGCGCAGUGCCACACACUGACAGCUGAGCUAGCAGAAGAAACCAGCUAAGCUAGCUUACUUGUUAGCUCAAGAAAGCUGUCGUUUGCACACCAAAACACACGUUGAAAUGUUUCGGAGGAAGUUGACAGCUCUAGAUUAUCAUAAUCCCAACGGAUUUGACUGCACAGAUGAGACACAGUUUAGGAACUGCAUUGUGUGGCUGGAAGACCAGAAGAUUCGACACUAUAAGAUAGAGGACAGAGGCAACCUGAGGAACAUCCCCAGCUCAGACUGGCCCAAAGCCUACCAGAAGUACCUGCAGGAUGUGAACUGUCCGUUUGGAGUUCAGGAGAAGCAGGAAGCUGUAGACUGGUUACUGGGCCUGGCUGUACGAUAUGAAUACGGAGACAAUGUGGAUAAGUAUAAGAACUGUCAGCCGCUGGCAGCCUCCGGCAACAGCGACAAAGCAGUGGAUCCUCUCGUCAACCUUGACAGUAACUCGCCAGAUUUCAAAGCAGGAGUGAUGGCUCUGUCUAACAUCCUCAAGAUACAACGGCACGACGACUACCUGGUUAUGCUCAAGGCUAUUCGUAUUCUCAUCCAAGACAGACUUUCUCCAGAAGCCAUCACUAAAGCCAGCCAGAACAGAGAGGGUGUUCCAGUAGCUUUAGACAAACACAUCUUGGGUUUCGAUACUGGAGAUGCGACUCUGAACGAAGCGGCCCAGAUCCUCCGUCUGCUGCACAUCGAGGAGCUGAGGGAGCUCCAGACUAAGAUCAACGAGGCCAUCGUAGCCGUUCAGGCCAUCAUAGCCGACCCCAAGACCGACCACAGGCUGGGCAAGGUCGGCAGAUGAGAGCGAGGACGAAGAGGAGUGCCGGAGGAAGGGAUGGACUGAACCGCGGGAGUUUUAAUUUGAUUUUGGAGAAGACGCCUGUUUAAGUUCGAGUCGGGACAGAAAUGAGUUUGUUUUUCUGUUGUUGCAUGAGAUCAGACUGUGCUCAAGUUGGGAAUUUGACGCAAAUAUGAGUGAAUGCCAGGUUUUCAGUAGCUUUUUAAAAUUUUUGUACAGAAGCUUAGGUUAAGUUGAUACCAACCUUAUCAAAUGUACACUAUUAUGUUUCUAGCCAUGUUACAAUAGUUGCUCAACAGUUUGUAUUGAGGUACUAAUUUUCAAUCACAUGUUAAAUGAUUCAUUUUUUCAGAGUCUGAGGUUGAACCUUCUGAUAAACUCCUGGUUGCCAUCAUCUCCCUCAAUAGAAACCACAAAGAAGCUCCUGAAAUAUUGAAACUGAGUUAUAUUUGUACCUUUUUGUUUUUCAGCUGAAAGAAAAGAUUAGUUUGAAAUGGAAUAUGAAUUGAUGCUGUAUUAGGAAAUACAUACAUGCAGUUGAACUGA